AUGGGAGAUGGCUCUCCUCCAUGUAUCCCUGAUAAAGAUAUCGCAGCACCACCUCUUUCGGUUGAUGCGAAAGCUGUUCAAGCCGUAAUCAAAAGCUUCCCUAAGGGAACCGCGUGUGGCAGAGACGGUUUGAGGGCUCAACAUCUCCUUGAUGCGUUGAGUGGAAAUGCUGCUGCGGUUGCUGAUGAGCUAUUACAAUCCAUUGUAGGGGUGGUCAACUUAUGGCUAUAUGGCGCUUGUCCACCCAUUCUCGUUGAAUAUGUUGCCAGUUCCCCUUUAACUCCUCUUCUCAAACCAGAUGGAGGUGUUAGGCCCAUCGCAGUUGGUACGAUCUGGAGGAGGUUAUGUUCCAAACUUGAAGCAACUUUAGUUUGCAAGAACAUUCUUCCAUACUUGGGAACAUAUCAAUAUGGUUUUGGUGUUCCAUGUGGCGGUGAAGCUAUCUUACAUGCUGCAAACAGGCUUCCCGAGACAAAAGGUACUUGCAAUUCAAUUACAAUGAUGCUAUACUACAGUGAUACUACUCUAUCUUCUACCAAAGGGGUUCAGCAGGGUGAUCCAUUGGGUUCGCUCUUAUUCGCUUUAGCAUUGCACCCCCUUGUUCUUCAGAUUGCUGCACAAUGCACUUUGGACAUGCAGGCAUGGUACCUUGAUGACAGUACAAUUGUAGGAGAUACUCUUGAAGUUGGGAAGGCUCUGGACAUCAUACAGACUGAAGGUCCUAAGAGAGGCUUACAUCUGAAUGUUACCAAGACGGAAUUAUUAUGGCCUACAAUCGAUCCAAGACGCAAUGAAGUGGGAGUCUUCCCUGCCAAUAUUUGCAAACCUACAUCAGGCGUAAAACUACUAGGUGGACAUGUCAGUUUAAACACUGAUUUUUGUAGUGAUAUGGUCACCAGCAGGGUCGAUAAAACCAUAGCAUUGAUGCAAAAGAUCCAGAAGUUGCAUGAUCCACAAUGCGAACUUCUGCUUCUCCGUAAUUGUGUCGGCAUAUCAAAACUCUACUUUACUCUCAGGACAACCAACCCACAAGCACUACAAGUUGCUACUGCUCACUACGACAAGCACCUUCUCGACUAUCUGAGGCAAAUCAUUGUAGGCGACGGUGCAGGUUUUGGCUUAGUGCAACAACGUCUUGCAACCUUGCCUAUUAAAGACGGAGGUUUGGGAGUCUACACUAUGAAAGAUACCAGUACAUAUUGUUACUUUGCAUCUUGUGCACAAACUAAGUACCUGCAGAAUACCAUCUUGCAACCUACAUAUUCAGAUUCUACGCUCUCUAGCCUCCCUUUCAAUGAGCGUGAGUCGAUCAUUUGGAAGUGCAACAAAACAAAACAUCCCAUGGAUUUUCUGAAAGCCAUUCCUAUUACUGGGCUCAACCAGUCUGUUGGUCCUAGACAAUUUCAGUCUGUCCUCCAAUAUCGCUUGGCCACACCAAUGUUUGUUGCUGAUAGUGUUUGUUCUAGCUACACUAAGCCGAUGGAUAUCUACGGAGACCAUGAUGUGCACUGUGCUAAAGACGUGUGA